AUGAUUCGUGGCGAGCGCUUUCAACUCGACCUGGACUCUGACAAAGAGCAGGAUUCGGCUCAGCAGUCGAUUCCCCUUCCAGCUUCGUUUGUCGGAGACGUCCUGGAGCGGAAAGCCGCCGCUCCGACGCCGCCAUCCGCACCUGGUCUGAAGAGCAAGACAGGCUUCCCAGAACACAAGAAAAGAAGCUUUGAGAGCAGAUGCAAGCAAAAGCAAGCCGCUUCACACAGCAGCCAACCUCCAGUAGCAUUAGCACCGUCUCCACACAAUGAUCCCGGUGAUAGCUCCGGCAAUCGCCUUAGUGGCAAGCCCAAAUCGCGCGAGGAAGAAGAGAAGGAGCGGAUAGAUGAAGAGAAUCGCCAGCGCAUUGCCCAGAUGUCUCCCACUGAGAUUGAGGAGGAGAGGCGGGAGCUCAUGAAGAAUCUGAGCCCGGCCGUCCUGUCGCGACUGCUGCAGAGACCGACCGUUGAAAGCGGCAGUGAGGAGGUCGAUCUGUCACGUGCGCCGGAAGAAUUGCAGCCUGAGGCAGCAAAGCCCAGGAAGGAGCUCAAACCUCCCAAGGCUGUGAAAUUCGAGGAGCCGAAUGUAGAAGAAGAUGUCGAAAAGACAAAUCAGACGAGCACGAAGCACACUCCAGCAGCUGAGGAGGCAGUGCCAGAAUCCCCGCCACACCAACGCGUCCACUUCCCUCGCCCUCCUCAGCCCCCAUCCCUGGACCCAUCCUCGGAAACAUUUCUCGACGACUUGCAUGAGAAGUACUUCCCCUCGCUCCCCUCCGACCCGGACAAGCUCGAAUGGAUGCAACCUUCCACUUCCGACAACAGAUCCUACGAUCCAUCCGCGACCAACCUCAGCGCCAAAGACCUACGCUUCGACUUCAAAGGCCAACUCAUACCCCCGCGAACGGCAUCCGAAAUCCCCGUCACCAAAGGCCUCCACCAUCAUGGAGACGCACCGGAUGCAGCCGGGUAUACCGUCCCCGAGCUCGCCCAUCUCGCGCGGUCCACGUAUCCGGCUCAGAGAUGUAUCGCGUUCCAGACGCUGGGGAGGAUUCUGUACCGGCUGGGGAGAGGGGAGUUUGGCGAUUCCGGGGAACCUGGCGCCGAGACCGAGCAAGCGCAGGAUACGUUUGGUGAGCUGGCGAGGAGCCUCUGGGGCCAGAUCGAGGCGCUGCACGUCAUCCCGGCGCUCGUGAAUGAAAGCCAAGGAAAGGGCAUUGAUGGGGGGAGACAUCUCAGCGCGCAAGCCUACGCCACCGAAGCGGUGCAUCUCUGGCAGAAGGGCGGCGGAAGGAGAUGGAAAGCAGCAUGA